AUGACUCCAUUUGAUGGAACGAAGUGUCCAGAAGAGCAUGUCGUGGCAUACAAGAAUUUCAUGUUGUUGUAUACAACAAACUCGGCCUUACUGUGUAAGUUCUUCCCUACUACUCUUAGUGGCAUUGCUUUCAUCUGGUACACAUCGCUUCUAGUUGGAAGCAUUCACACCUUUGCCCAACUGGAGGCUAAGUUUGUAAGUCAUUUUGUAGCAUCCAAGAGACAAGAGACGUCUAACUUCCAUUUUCUGACUGUUCUAGAAGUGACAUACUUGGAAGAAUCAGUUGCCCUAAACGCCUUGAUAAAUGGAAUGCGGACUCCUAAAUUGAAGUUUCAGUUAGUUGAGAGUCAAGUGAAGACGUAUGCGGAGGUGAUGGGACAAUGCCAAAACUGUGUAAUCGUCUAUGAUAUAUGUCAGGGUCCUCCUAGAUCAAGACACGUUUAUGUCACGGAAGAAGAACAACGGACAAGGAAUCUGAGAGACGAGGGAAAUGAUCCCCGGUUUAAUAAAAAUAGAAGAGACAUCUUCUACGCCAUCUGGGAUGAAUUCCCGGAACUGCCACCUACUACCACCCCUUCCAAUCGCCGUAAUUAUAACUUGUGGUGUGACUAUCACAAAGAACAUGGACAUACUUUGUCACAAUGCCGCCAACUCAAAAGAAUCUUGCAUCAACUUGCCUUGGAAGGGAAACUGAAAAGGUUCUUGAAUCGGAAGGAGUAUGGCUCUCGUAGUGACAAUGAGAAAAGGCCAUACCGUUCGAGGCAUAAAUCUCCCAGAGAUGAAGAAAGGAAAGAUAAUUCCAAUGAUACCCGCGGCAUCAUUAACAUGAUAGUAGGAGGUUUCUCUAAAGACUACCUAACUUUUAAAUCUGCAAAAGAUAGUGUCCAUACUUUACUCAAGGGGCCCCCUAAAUCAACUACGAGAGGCCCUGUGAUGAAUGUUGAUGCUACUAUCUCCAAGCCUUUACAUCAACCUCAUCCUGAUCCAUUAGUUAUCCGUUGUUUGAGGAAAAACAUCUACUUACUAUUGAAAAACCCCUCAUUGGCUUUGGAGGUAACCGAAUUUUACCCCUGGGAACAAUCAUACUUCCAGUCUGUGUUGGAGAAUUGCAAAACGAUGCAGAUUCGCUUCACCGUGGACGACCUUAACUUUUCCUAUAAUGCUAUCAUGGGACUUCCUCUCAUCAAUAAGUUAAAGGAUGAUGGAAAGGUGGAAAUCCUAAAGGGGAUCAAAAGGCAGCUCGUCAAUGCCUUAUCAACUCAUUAA